AUGAUUGAAAGUACUAAAGUUAAUAUAGAGUUCUUUUAUAUUACAUACAAUGAUAGAAUUAAUGUAAAGAUGGUUAUAUUCUCUCCUUGGAGAAAAGUCAUUACUUUGACUUUAUCUAGUGCUAAACAAAAAAAUAUUUACAACUUGCCAACUACACGUUUUAUCAAUACUAUUAGUAAAAAUGGAGUUGCCAGUCUUAGAAGGUCAAUCAGCUACAAGCAAAAGAGAUCUAUUCAUACAACGGCUCCUUUACCAUCGUUAAAAAAAGAUCCUUAUGAAAUUUUAGGUGUUAAAAAGACAGCAAGCGCUAGUGAAAUUAAAAAGGCUUAUUAUGGUUUGGCUAAAAAAUAUCAUCCUGAUACAAAUAAAGAUAAAAGCGCUCGGGAGAAAUUUGCUCAAGUCCAAGAAGCUUAUGAAAUUUUAUCUGAUGAAAAAAAACGUAACCAGUAUGAUCAAUUUGGGCAUGGAUACAAAAGUACAGACGGAUUUUAUAGUAAUGAUAGUGGAUUCCCUGGAGGAUUUAACGUAAAUGAUAUUUUUAAUCAAUUUUUUGGCGGAGGAUUUGGUGGAGGCAGAGCCGAUCCCUUUCAUUCUAAUAAUACAAACAUGGGUCAAAACAUUGAAAUACCUUUAAACUUAAGUUUUAUGGAAGCAGUAAAGGGCGCAGUAAAAUAUGUUCAAAUUAACAAAAUAACAACCUGUAAUACAUGCCAUGGUAGUGGGCUACGUAUUGGCAAAAAGAAAGCAACUUGUUCUCGAUGUCAUGGUACAGGUGUGCAGACAAUUAUGGUGGGUAGCUAUUAUAUGCAAACAGCCUGUCAAUCUUGUCGUGGUUUAGGUUCCUUUAUUCCAUCUGAAUGUGGUUGUCCUGUCUGUGAUAGUAUGGGAAAAGUAAGAGAAAAGAAAAUGGUUCAAGUAAAGAUACCAGCUGGUGUAAAUCAAGAUCAAGAAAUUAUAAUUUCAGGUGAAGGUGAUGCACCUUUGGAAGGACAGGGGCUUAAUGGUGACUUGGUUGUAUUAUUAAAUAUUGAACCUUCUCAAAUUUUCCGCAGACGAGAUGCAGAUAUAUUUGUAGAAGCAAAAGUUCCUUUCUAUAAAGCAAUGUUAGGUGGACGUGUUUGUAUUCCAACUAUCGAUGGUGAUGUAGAACUUAAAGUACCUUCUGGGGCUCAACCUGGUGAUAACAUUACCUUAAAGGGACGUGGUGUUCAACAAAUUCAUGAUGCAACAAGACGCGGUGAUCAAAUAGUGACAAUUAAAGUUGAAUUUCCUAGAUCCUUAAAAGGAAAACAAAAAGAAAUUAUUCAAGAAUAUGCGGCUGUUGUAGAUGAAGAUUUUCGUCCAAAAGUAGAAGAAGUAAAACCAUCUAUUAAGCAUAAAGAAGAAAAAAAUACAAUAGAGGAUAUAAAAGAUAGUAAAUACCUCGGAUUUUUUAAGAAUGCUCUUAGCAAACUUAAAGAUAAAUUUUGUAAAAAUAAUAAUUAAAUAGAGCUUAAAAAAAAGAGAGAGAGAAAGAUAAAUAAUUUAAAUAGUUUUAUCGACAAGUGAGAAAGUGUAAAGUGAAGUAAAAUACUGUGUGCUGGGUUCUGUUCUGAUUAUAUACCUGUUCUCAAUAAUUAUAAAACUUAUACGUUUUUAAUCUUGGUUUUUUUCUGUUAAUUUCAAAAUGGUGGGAUUUAUAACUUCAUUUAAUAAAGGAGUUGGACAAGAAGAGUAUCUGUACUUUUUCUUAUUAGUUAUAUGUGUUUUGACAGCAAAAAGUUAAAGAAAGAGAAAAAACAAAAGACAAGUCUGUGAAAACUUCGCGUAGUUUUUUUAUUGAGGAAAAAAAUACAAAAAUU